GUUGUGGAUCGAGUUAACUUGUGGCGGGCUGCGCGGUUCUUGACCCAGAAGUUUUAGUCCGAGUGGAGGCAGCAGCCAGAAGUCGGCCAGGCAGGUUGGCUUACGCGGCAGAGGUCUGCAGCCCCCACGCUCACAGAGCUUUGGCGACUCGGGCUACUUCCAGGGCGGGGCGGCCGGGGCUGGCCUCGCUCUGUGUCCCGAGGACCCGGCGCCCGGGGUGGGUUCCUUCCCGCGGGACCCUCCGGGCGGCUCCGUGGGCUUUCCGCGCGUGCGUUUGAGGGCCUCGGUCUAGCGCGCUGUCCCUCUGCGGGAGCGCCUCCGUGCGCUUGGCAGUCGGCUCUCGGACGCUUGGCACGGGGCUAGAAGCUGGGGGUGCCGGAUUCUCCCCGUCAGCGGGGUCACCGGGCGGAGAGGGACAGUCCGUCCUGCGCACGCUGGAAUACGGUCCAUCACUUCAUCGAUGGACCUCAGGAAGGCGUUCCGAAGAAGGAGCCGCCGGGGAGGGUUGUGAGGAGCCGUGGGAGUAAAGCGGGUAGAAGAGAGUGAAAGUCGGAAGAGGGCGUCCCGCGCAAGAGCACAGUCGGGGGACCUGUGUGCGAGGAUGUCAUUGGUCAGAGUGAACCGUUACUGUCCCCGAGGAGGUGGGAAAAAGGCACUGAAAGUGAAAAAGAAGAAAGCUGUUGUGAAGCAAGACUGGGAUGAUACUGUGAAUGAUCUCACGGUUCAUCGGGCAACUCCUGAGGAUCUGGUUCGUCGUCAUGAAAUACACAAAUCAAAGAAUAGGGCAUUAGUACACUGGGAACUCCAAGAAAAAGCUCUGAGAAGAAAAUGCAGGAAGCAGAAACCAGAAACUUGGAAUCUAGAGAAAACUAGAUUGUCUAUCAUGAAGGAGAUUCUUUCUGAUCAAUACCAGAUGCAGGAUGUGUUGGAGAAAUCUGAUCAUUUGAUGGCUGCAGCCAGAAAUCUAUUUGUUGAUGCUCCUUGCAGGCGCACAGGGUUUCCAAAUGUAACAAUGGCUCCUGAUCCCUCUCAUGGUCCCAUCAUGGUGAACCAAGACCCUGUUACCCAGGCCGUCCUUCAUGAGUCUGUCCUGGAGCCUCAGGCUCUUAAUGAAGUAGAUGAUGAAGGAGAAGAAGGAACGAUUAAUAGCCAGUCUGAAGAAAGUGAGGAUGAAUUGGAUAACUCUCUAAAUCCUCAGUCUAAUAUGAAUGCAGACAGGUUUCUCCACCAACUAAAGGAAGACAAUUCUGAGUUAAUUAAUCAACUGUGGACUGAUAUUCAGCAGAAGCUGGCAACACAGCCAGAACCAGCAACCUCUCCUGGAACUCCACCUUCUGCCCUUGUGCCAGAGGAACAAAGAGCUGCUUUGAAUGCUACUGAUGCCGUCAAAAGAAUCCAAAGCCAACUUCAACCUGAACAAUCUACUGGAACUCUAGACUCCAGCUAUAUUGUGGGACAAGUGCUGAAUGCAAGGAAGCAAAAACAGCUGCUGAAUAAAGUGAAAAGAAGACCAGAUCUGCAUGCUCCUUCCAAGCAAAAGAAAAACACACUCUCAGCGAGCACAGGCUCUGCAGACUUGCAGAGCAGCACUCAUUCCAGCCUGGACGUCCUCAAGCACAUGAUCCAUGAGGUGGAGCAGGAAAUGGCAGAGUACGAGCAGUGCACAGGACGCGCGGUCACGGGACUGCAGGGUGGCCAGGGUCUCACAGGCUUCACAUUGUCCCUGGUCAGCUCGCUCUGUCGCCUGGUUCGGUACCUUAAAGAGAGUGAAGUUCAACUACGUAAAGAAGUAGAGACAAGGCAACAACUGCAACAAAUAUUAGAUGAUCAUCGAGAGCUCAUUGAUGCUCUGACAGCUGAAAUUAUUCUUCUUAGAGAAGAAAAUAGUACCAUACAGGCUAGACUUCAGCAGCACAUGGUCACAACAGACGAGCAACUUAUAUCACUCACACACGCCAUUAAGAACUGUCCUGUGAUAAAUAACUCUAAACAGGAAACUCAGGCUUCAGCUUCACAAAGGGGAGCCACAGAGAGCAGAGCUGGGGGCAUUCCAGAUACCCUCUUUUCUUCUGCAGAGGCUCCUGUUGUAAGUUCUAAUGUGUCCAUGCCAUUGAUGUUCAGAGAGGAAGAAGUGGUUGAUUUCCUUCAGGAAGAGUUGCCUGUAAAACUGUCUCAGAUGCCAAACUGCCCUGACAGUACACAUCUGGCCAGCAGUUUUCCAGCACAUGUCUUUGAGCCAGCUGUGUUGUUAACACCACCCAGGCAGAAGAGCAAUACAGAAUUCCCUCCUCUACAGGAUGUAUUGAGGAGGACUGUUCAAACUCGCCCUGCUCCACGAAUUCUUACCACUGUGGAAAUGAUUGAGAAGGAACAAAAUUGGGAAAAGAAGACCUUACCUACUGAUACAGAUACUCCAAAUUUAAGUGAAGAGAAUCGACUGUUCACUCAGAGGUGGAGAGUCUCUCACAUGGGAGAGGAUCCGGAGAACAAAACCCAGACACCUUUUGUUAACCUCUCACAGCCCCUCUGCAGUUCCCAUCCCAGUGUUCAACAGUUGAGACAUCCUGCAUUCUCAGAAGAGCUCCUGGAACUGGGAGGUGGGCAGCAGCCUAGAACAGUUGAGGCACCAGUACAAAGAAAGGACAUAAUGGCACGGAUUGCUGAGUUGACGCUGCAGAAUUCAGCCAUGAAGGCACAUCUGAGUAACAGUCAUGGGCCAGAAGGAGAGCCAGGGGAUGGACUGAACAAACAAGAGUUGAACAAACAGGACGUUGCUGGUGACACGACUGCUCCUUUUCCAGUUGCACAGUUCAUAACCCCAAGCAACAUGGAGGAACGGAUUGCAGAGUUGAAUCGACAGAGUAUGGAGGCUCGUGGAAAGCUACUGCAGUUGAUAGAACAACAAAAACUUGUUGGCUUGAAUCUUUCCUCUUCACCAGUGUCACCUGUUCAGUCACCUCUCAGAGCAUGGACAGAAGGAGGAAAGAGGACCAUUGAUGUAUGUAUACCCAGAGCAGAAGCCCCAGAAAGCUCAAAAGGCAAUACUGUCUCUCCUGUCAGUGGGACAAACACAAGGAGAUCUUCAGGGGCUACUAGCAAUUCCUGUUCUCCCUUAAAUGCCACCUCAGGAAGUGGGCGACUCACACCUAUUAAUCCAAGAACAAAGCAGAUUGAAAAACAAAAUGAAGAAGGCUGGUUUGCUCUUUCUACCCACAUGUCUUAAGUGGAGUUGGAGUCACCUGUUAUAGAGUUUGUUCUGUAUACUUUAUUGUUGACUGUCCACUCCCAUUUUUCCACUCCUGCUUUCAAGUUUUUACUCCUUCAGAUAAAACCAAAAAGAGCCUGUGAAUUAAUAUUAAUUGAACAGAGGAAAAAAAACCACACAAUUAUUUUAUUUUAUUUUUACCUAUUCAUAUAGGUUUUCAACAAUCAGCCUUGUAAUUAAUUCCUUAUGAGUAAAAUUUGGCUGUAAGUAAAAUUUGGCUGUAAUUUCUAAAACAUUUUAAAGGUUUUUUCUAAAGUAAUACAGUUUUACCUUCAUCUUUAUUCAGGUUUUGUUUGUUUAGUUCAUCUUAAAUGUAGGUUUCUUUCUUUCUUUUUUUUCUUCUGAAGGACUAAAUUGUUUUGUAUAUGCUUACAAUUAAAUACCUCUGUGUGAUUAGUCUGGUGUUCAGGAAAAUAUAACAUCUUUUGUUUCUUUGGUCAGCAGUUGCUACUGUUCAAGUAGAAUGUACAGCUUUAAAACUUCGAUGUGAAAAUGUUUAUAUUUGCUUACAGAGUUAAGAAUGAUUGUGUAAAUUCUAAGAAUUUUUAGUUUUUAAAUGUGAAAAUAUCAAGAAUGACAAUGUACAUCAAAUAAAUAAUGAUCAUA